AUGCAACCUCAAAAUCCAAAUACACAACGGCCUGAAAAUCAUCCUUACAUGCCAUAUGGCUAUCAAAAUCCUACUAUGAUGCCACCAACUUAUGGAAUGCAAUACCCGUAUAAUCAUCCUUAUAUGCCAUAUGGCUAUCAACCAGUUCCUGGAAACAGCUCUCUUCCAUCUCAUGUCAAUUUUCCAAACAUUGAACCGACUAGUGAGCCAAACACACCUCGCUUUAGUAGUGGAUCCACUGAUAUCCCACAAUUUUCUACACAAAUCUCUCUGGGAGAACUUGGUGGGGAUACUCCCCACAGUUUUGAAGCUCCAACCCAACAAUCAGCGAAGAAAGGAAAUUACGCCAGUUGGACUUUUGAAGAGAACAAGUUGUUAUUAACUGGUUAUUUCCACUACAGUACUGACAGUGAAUUGGGUUCAAAUCAAAAGGGUGAUACUUUUUGGGGCAAAAUCUCUGAUUACGUGAAUGAGAACUCCGAUCGUGGGAUACAGAGGAACAUUGUAAAAUGUCAAAGUCAUUUUCGUGACCUCAACAAGAAGAUUAGUAACUUUGUUGGUUGUUAUAGUGCUGCUACUAGGGAGAGACGUAGUGGUUGGUCAGACAAUGACUACAUAUCCAAAGGUCUAGAGUUGGACAAGACUAUGACUACUCACUGCAUUACACUCCAAAAUCAAUAA